AUCAAAUUCUUUGAGAAACUAGCAACAACCAAAGUUUAGUUCUGCUUCUACUCUUAAGCAAUGAUGCAAAAAAUUGUCAUAAGAGUACAUCAUAAGUGCAAGAAAUGUCAAUCAAAAGCCUUGAUGAUUGCUGCUAUGUCAACUGGAGUCAACUCGGUGGCAUUAGAAGGGGAGAAGAAAGAUAAAGUAGUGAUAAUAGGAGAAGCAGUAGAUGCAGCAGGUAUUACCAGUUUAUUGAGGAAGAAGGUCGGCCACGCCAGCCUGGAGCUUGUCGAUGAAGUCAAGUGAAGAAGAAGUCAGAGAA